AUGGCGAACAGAUCAGAUCUUCCAACCAUUGUUACGACUGAUGCAUCCAGCGUCCGGGGAGAGCCUAUACAUCCCAUCGAGCCCACACACUCUCGCUCGCCAUCGGAUCCCCAGUUGCUUGUUCCUUCUGGCUCACAAGCGCCAUCAUCGCCAGGCCUCACCUCGUCUUCAGUACCACCCAGCCCGACAUUAUCCAACUACAGUAGUGUGCACUGGCAAGAUACCCGCGCUUUACGACUGAACGAGCCUGAUUCGGGCCCUGAUGGCGGCAAAUCAUCACUCCUCGAACCAACAAAGCAUGCCAGGAAAGCCAGUGUGGUGUCUUAUACCUCAACUGUCCCCGAUGACAAAGCAACUGGCAGCCAAAUUUCGCCUACCCCUACAGGCACUACAGCCGCAGCUACUUUAAUAUCUGAAAAGAAAAAAUCCUCAAAGAAGGAUGAAGAAUCUGAAGAACAACCCCCGCAUCACAUUGACCCCAGUGAAGAUACCACCGAUCCAGCACCAUUCGAUCAAAAACCGCUGGUCCUUGCGUCGCUUGUUGAUCCAAAGAAUUUGCAAAGUCUUGAAUCAAUGGGUGGCUCCGAUGGUCUCCUGCGGGGAUUGGGAACGGAUACGAAUAUGGGUCUCAGAAGUUGGCAAUACACGGACUCUGGGCAUAAUCAUGAUCCAGAAAAGGGUGAGGGCGGCGGUGCAGGCGCUGGAGGCGACACGCCGCAAUCGCGCGCUUCUGUUGAUGAUAGGCGUCGCGUGUACGGCGUUAAUGUAAUGCCUUCUCGGAAAAGCAAGAGUCUCCUUUUGCUCAUGUGGCUGGCGCUCAAAGACAAAGUAUUGGUACUUUUGUCCAUUGCAGCUGUCAUUUCGCUCGCUUUGGGUCUUUAUUCGGAUUUCGGUACACCCCCUGAACUCGUGGUAUGCACCAGUGGAGAGGGCUUGUGUGAGGCUCCCCGAGUUGAUUGGGUUGAAGGUGUUGCAAUUAUGAUCGCCAUUCUCAUUGUCGUCAUUGUUGGUUCUCUCAACGACUGGCAAAAGGAGCGCCAGUUCCGCAAGCUCAACGACAAGAAGGAGGACCGUGGUGUAAAGGUUAUUCGUGACGGCAAGGAACAAGUCAUCAAUGUCAAGGACGUCAUGGUGGGCGAUAUUGCGCUUUUGGAGCCUGGUGAGAUCAUUCCGUGUGAUGGUGUUUUCCUCCGCGGACACAACGUUCGGUGUGAUGAGUCGGGCGCCACUGGUGAAUCCGAUGCCAUCAAGAAGGUCACCUAUGAAGAAUGCAUGGCCGAAGUCAAGGCGCUCAAGCCCGGCUCAAAGACCAAGCUGGACUGCUUCAUCGUUUCUGGUUCCAAGGUUCUCGAGGGCGUCGGUCAAUAUGUUGUUAUUGCCGUAGGGCCCAAGUCGUUCAACGGUCGUAUUAUGGCUGCUCUCUCUGGCGAUACCGAAAGCACACCCCUUCAGCUCAAGCUCAAUGCGCUCGCCGAGUUGAUCGCUAAGCUCGGUUCUGCUGCCGGUCUCAUCUUGUUCACUGCGCUCAUGAUCAAGUUCUUCGUCCAACUCAAGACCAAACCCGAUCGGACCGCCAACCAGAAAGCCAUGUCGUUUGUCCAGAUUCUCAUUAUUUCGGUUACCCUCAUUGUCGUCGCUGUCCCCGAAGGUCUGCCUCUUGCUGUCACGCUCGCGCUCGCGUUUGCGACCAAGCGCAUGACCAAGGAGCGUCUUCUCGUCCGUGUCCUUGGGUCUUGCGAGACCAUGGCCAACGCCAGCGUCGUUUGCACUGAUAAGACCGGUACUCUCACACAGAACGUGAUGUCCGUCGUGGCUGGCUCUGUCGGUGUUCACUGCAAGUUUGUCCAACGCUUGUCGGAGAACGAGGGCCGUCAAAACGUCGAUCGUGUUAUCGAAGACCAGGAGGCUGGGUCCCAGCGCAACCGUGACCACAAGGACGACUUCCCUCUCGAAAUGACUCAGCUCAACGAUGUUGUUCGCGAACCACUUCGUAGCCUGUUCAACGAGGCAUUGGCUGUCAACUCUACUGCAUUCGAGGACAAGAACCCCGAGACUGGCGAGCUUGAAUUUGUUGGCUCCAAGACCGAGACCGCUCUCCUCCGUUUCGCCAAGGAUCUCAAGUGGGCACCCUACCAACAGACUCGUAGCGGCGCAGACAUUAUCCAGAUGAUUCCAUUCUCGUCUGAGCGCAAGGCCAUGGGUGUUGUCGUUCGCAUUCCUUCUGGCGGUUACAGGCUCUACCUCAAGGGUGCUUCGGAAAUUAUCACCGGCCUUUGCACUCGUCAUGUUGUUGUUCAUCGCCCUGGCUCCCCUACCUCUACGGAAAGUAAUACCAUCGAGACCGCCCCUAUCACCGAGCUCGAGGAGGAGAAUAUUUCACGCACUAUCAUUUUCUACGCCAACCAAAUGCUCCGUACUCUUGCUGUUGCCUACCGCGACUUCGAGUCCUGGCCUCCUGCUGGUCACACUGGUGCUCAAGAUGAGGUUCCUUAUGAGAUGAUUGCCGAGGACCUCACUCUGGUUGCCAUCACUGGUAUUGAAGAUCCUCUCCGCCCGGGUGUCAAAGAAGCCGUCGCCAAGUGCCAUGGUGCUGGUGUUACGAUCAAGAUGUGUACCGGUGACAACGUCCUUACAGCUCGCUCGAUCGCUUCUCAGUGCGGCAUCUUUACCGCCGGCGGUAUCAUCAUGGAAGGGCCCGUAUUCCGUCGUCUCUCCACUGAGGAACAACGUGAAAUCGUCCCCCGCCUACAGGUUUUGGCGCGCUCUUCUCCCGAGGAUAAACGUAUUCUGGUCGACACACUCAAGGGACUCGGCGAAAUCGUCGGUGUUACCGGUGAUGGUACCAACGAUGGUCCCGCACUGAAGCACGCCAACGUCGGUUUCUCUAUGGGUAUCGCCGGAACUGAGAUUGCCAAAGAGGCCUCGGACAUCAUUCUCAUGGACGACAACUUCUCGUCGAUCGUUUCUGCCAUUAUGUGGGGUCGCUGCGUUAACGACUCGGUCCGCAAGUUCCUCCAAUUCCAGGUCUCGGUCAACAUCACUGCCGUCUUGAUCACGUUCAUCUCCGCCGUCUCAUCCGAUGAGGAAGAGUCCGUCCUUACUGCCGUCCAACUCCUUUGGAUCAACAUUAUCAUGGACACUUUCGCUGCGCUCGCCCUUGCUACCGAUCCUGCUUCCCCUGAGCUCCUCAAGCGUAUGCCCGAUCGCAAGACCGCUCCUCUCUUCUCUGUCGACAUGGGCAAGAUGAUUAUUGGCCAGUCUAUCUAUCAAACCUUUAUCGUUCUCCUCUUCCACUUUGCCGGUGCUGGUUUCUGGAACUACCACACCGACAGGGAACACGCCGAGCUCUCGACCAUGGUUUUCAAUACCUUUGUGUUCUGCCAGAUCUUCAACUCGGUGAAUUGCAGAAGCUUGACCCAAGACAAGAAUAUCUUCCGUGGAUUAACUAAGAACUUGUACUUUAUUGGUAUUACUUUAAUAGAGGUUGCCAUUCAGAUUCUUAUCGUCUUCUUUGGUGGUGCGGCCUUCCAGGUCACUUCCAUGAAUGGCCGCGACUGGGGAAUGUCUAUCGCCCUUGGCUUCGUCUCCAUUCCUCUCGGUUUCCUCAUUCGUUGCAUCCCCAACGGCCCCGAGGAGAAAAAGGCCGAGGAAGAACGCAAACGAGAGGAAGAGAAAGAUAUCUGGAACCCUGCCAUCAAUCAGGUUCGCGACCGUCUCCAAACAUUCUCGAGCGUCCGCGGUGCCCGUAUGCGCGCCUCUUCCUUUGUUAGCAAGAGCCGUUCUCAACGGGGAAGCAUCGGCGAAGCUGGUGAUGUUGGUGUCUUCCCUUCGUUGAUGACCAUGGUUCCCACCAUCGUUGUCUCGUCCGUUGGAGCCGGAUGGGCACCCAAGCCUGGUAAACUAGAGGAUCCAGCUGGGUCAGACCCAUCGAAAUCGUCCGCCGCUUUGUGGCGUGGCCAGUUCCAGAUUCAUCCGGAUACCAAACCAGAUGAUAUCGUGUACAAAUGGGGCAAACAGCACGCUUAA